CCUGGUGAGCGCAGACAAUGUUUUAAUGCAGCGUGUUCGUGCGCCUACUUCAGUGUGUGUUCUUACUCAGGACCCGUCCAAACGUCCACAACACACUUUGCAACACAGCCGAGAACUCACCGGUUCUCUUGUAACGGCACAUUGAGUUGAUGCAGAAUGCAAACGAACUGUAGCCUCUCCGCCCUUCGACACUUUGGAUGAGGACGCCGGGCAAGGACACCAAGCCGCCGCUGCUGAUUCUUCUGACGUCCACUUUGGAUCCUACCUUGCCGCGCAUCUGGAUGUCCAUCCUUUUUCGAACACGGGUGACUCACAGUUAGCAGAAGGCGAGCCUCUGCAUCUUAAUCACACAGCAAAGAGGACUUCAGCUCAUUGACAUUACAGUCAGACUUUCCUGAAGCCGCUUCAUUUAUUUAUUUACACUGCGGUGUAUUGUAGCCUGCAAAGAAAAGGGAUGCACAUUUUACUUGUCAUUUAAGGGUGUCAAACUCACCCAAACCCAUUUGGGAACUGACUUUGGAUAUUUGUAUUUUUACAAUAUUUCUGGAUUAUUAUGAGAAAUCAUAUAGGUGGUAUCAAUUUUUGUUCACAAUGAGUAUUCAAUUUGGAGAGUGGAUCAUGAUUGCUCAAAUGACUUUGAGUGCGCCGCGGAAUACGAAUUAGCCGUUCAGCACCACAAAUUGCUGGGAGAGGCAGAAGAGGAGCGCAACAGAUCAAACACAAUCCACUAAGGCAAAUGUCAAGACCUCACAUGAUGAACAGGACUCUGCAUUUGAUCUCAAGUAAUAUUAUCCGAAUCUAAUAAAAUAUCAACAGGUUAAAGGCAGAACAGAGAAUACAGAGCUUUUUGCCACUACUACAGAGUGGGGAUGUAUCUUUCUAUUUUCUUUUUCCUCCUCUUAUGGGCUCAAGCCCUGACAUUGAAAAACUUGAAUUACUCUGUCCCAGAGGAACAAGGUCCGGGAACAGUAAUUGGAAACAUUGCCAAAGAUGCCAGACUUGGACUGGAACAGAAUGGGCAGGCAGGGCAGGGAAAGAAAGCCAACUUCAGGGUGUUGGAGAAUUCAGCACCCCAUCUCAUCGAUGUUGACCCCCAGAGUGGACUACUUUAUACAAAGCAACGCAUUGACAGAGAAACAUUGUGUAAGAGAAACCCAAAGUGCCAGCUCUCCAUGGAAGUGUUUGCCAAUGACAAGGAGAUCUGCAUGAUUAAAAUAGACAUCCAAGACAUUAAUGACAACUCACCCGUUUUCCCUUCAGAUCAGAUUGAUAUUGACAUAUCUGAAAAUGCAGUUCCAGGGACGCGCUUUCCUUUGACCAGCGCACAUGAUCCAGAUGCAGGAGAAAAUGGCCUGAAAACCUAUCAGAUAACACGUGAUGACUACAAUCUCUUUUCUUUGGAGGUAAAAUCCCGCGGGGAUGGAACGAAGUUUCCAGAAUUGGUUAUUCAAAGACCACUGGACCGGGAAGAAAGAAGUCAUCACACUCUUAUAUUGUCAGCCACUGAUGGUGGGGAAUAUCCAAGGUCAGGAACCAUGCAGAUAAAUGUUAAAGUCAUUGAUUCAAAUGACAACAGCCCUGUAUUUGACCAGCCCUCCUAUGUUGUUGAAAUUCCUGAAAAUUCCCCUCCUGGUAAAGUCCUGAUCGAUUUAAAUGCCACAGAUCCUGAUGAGGGCAACAAUGGACAAGUAGUCUAUUCUUUUAGUGGUUAUGCCCCAGAGAGAAUCCGGGAGCUGUUCUCAAUAGAUUCUAGAACAGGGGUCAUAAAGAUUCAGGGUGAAAUAGACUAUGAGGAGAGCCCAGUUAUUGAGAUUGACGUCCAGGCAAAGGACCUCGGACCCAAUCCGAUCCCAGGCCAUUGUAAAGUCACUGUUAAAGUGCUAGACAGGAAUGAUAACUGGCCCGCUAUUGGUUUUGUGUCCGUAAGACAGGGAGCCAUCAGCGAAGCAGCUCCUCCAGGCACUGUUAUUGCACUGGUUCGUGUCACAGACAAGGACUCUGGCAGGAAUGGGCAGCUUCAAUGCAGAGUGUUGGGUAAUGUCCCUUUUAAACUAGAGGAGAACUACGAUAACUUCUACACAGUGGUGACAGACAGGCCAUUGGACAGAGAGGUACAAGAUGAGUAUAAUGUCACCAUCGUGGCCAAAGACAAUGGUCUUCCCCCUCUGAAUUCCACAAAAUCCUUCUCUGUAAAGAUUCUGGAUGAGAAUGACAAUAUCCCCUGCUUUACCAAAUCAGUUUACCUUCUCCAGAUACCAGAGAACAAUAUUCCUGGCGAGUUCUUGGGUUCAGUUGUUGCUCAUGACCCAGAUUUAGGCCAGAAUGGCACAGUGUACUACAGCAUUAUUAACUCCAAUGUGAGUGGAGGUGAUGUCAAUACUUAUGUAAAUGUGAAUGCUGCCAAUGGAGCCAUAUAUGCAGUGAGGUCAUUCAACUAUGAGCAAAUCAAAUAUUUUGAUUUCAAGGUUCUUGCCCGAGAUGCUGGCUCGCCACACCUAGAGAGCAACGCUACGGUGCGCAUCAGUGUUCUGGAUGUCAAUGAUAACAUACCUGUCAUUGUUCUACCCCUUUUACAAAAUGAUACUGCUGAAAUCCAUGUACCACGCAAUGUUGGUGUUGGCUACAUUGUCACCACAUUGAGAGCAGUGGACAAUGACUAUGGUGAGAGUGGGAGGCUCACCUAUGAGAUCUCAGAUGGGAAUGAAGAGCACCUUUUUGAUAUAGAUCCAGUGACUGGCGAAGUGCGAACAGCCCACCCUUUCUGGGACAAUGUAAAUCCCACUGUUGAGCUGAUCAUCCGUGUGUCAGAUCACGGCAAGCCAACCCUCACUGCUGCUGCUAGGCUUAUCAUUAAAGCCUCCAAUGGACAUCCUGCUGAUGGACUGCUGCAUGUCGAUGACAAUCAGAACUGGGACAUGUCGCUGCCUCUCAUUGUAACUCUCAGUAUAAUAUCAAUCAUGCUUCUGGCUGCCAUGGUCAUCAUAGCGGUCAAGUGCAAGAGGGAAAACAAGGAGAUACGAACCUAUAACUGUCGAAUUGCAGAAUAUUCCCAUCCACAGCUGGGGAAAGGCAAGAAAAAGAAGAUUAACAAGAAUGACAUCAUGCUGGUGCAGAGCGAGGUGGAGGAGCGGGAUGCCAUGAAUGUGAUGAAUGUGGUAAGCAGUCCUUCCUUGGCCACCUCUCCCAUGUACUUUGACUACCAGACACGCCUGCCACUCAGCUCACCAAGAUCAGAGGUCAUGUACCUUAAGCCCACUUCCAAUAACCUCAGCGUGCCCCAAGGCCACGUGGGAUGCCACACCAGCUUCACAGGCCCAGUCACCAGCAUUACAGACACACCUACUAACCGCAUGUCCAUCAUACAGACGGAUAGUUUCCCCACUGAACCUAAUUACAUGGGAAGCAGACAACAGUUUGUUCAGAGUAGUUCCACAUUCAAAGACCCAGAACGAGCGAGUCUCCGAGACAGCGGCCAUGGUGACAGCGACCAGGCUGACAGUGACCAGGACACCAACAAAGGCUCCUGCUGUGACAUGUCUGCAAAGGAAGCGCUUAAAUUGAAGGCUACAGGUGUUAGGCUGCCUCCGUUGGAACAAGAUGAGGAGUGUUUGAAUUGUACUGAGGAGUGCCGAGUACUGGGUCAUUCUGACCGCUGCUGGAUGCCACAGUUCCCUGCUGGAGGAAACCAGGCAGAGGGUGUUGAUUACCGCAAUAACAUGUUUGUGCCAGCAGGGAUGGAAAGCGUGCCUGAGACGGAGACCUUCGAGACUGUCAACCCCAAUGGCAAAAAAACAUUCUGCACAUUUGGCAAGGAGCGCCGUGAUCACACCAUCCUCAUAGCAAACGUUAAGCCCUACUUAAAGGCAAAACGGGCCCUCAGCCCAUUGCUCCAAGAGGUUCCUUCGGCAUCAGGGAGUCCAGUCAAGGGGUGUUCCACCACAUGUUCCUCAGUUAAAAGUCCGGCUGAUGGGGCUGAAGGCAAACCUCCUCUUGCCACCUGCUCCGGCUACUAUGGCCCUCCUGAUGGCCAGUACCUGUCGCCCACCAAACAAAACAGGGAGCAAGGGGUCUACCCACCGUUGCCUCCUUCAGACCCAGUGGCCAAAGUGCUUGCCGAGGCCCGCACCAGAAUCAGUCAAGAAAACAGAGGAGAAAUGGAGUGUGCGCUGGAGCAGGUGGAGCCUGAUGUGAGUCGUGAUGGAAUGGAUGCUGACCAGGUGGUCAGAGACAUUGACAAGCUUUUGCAGGACUGCAGAGGAAAUGAGGCCACUGGCACACUGAGGAAGUGAUACAACAGACAAAUUAAAAGGAGGAAAGAACAUUGAGUGUGAAAUAAGAAAGACUCUCAUGCCAAAACUGUCACCAAAAGUAAUACAAACGUUUAAAUUUCUCAUGUUUUUCUCAUGGUAUGCAAAAAUACCAACCCUGAACUGACUAUGAGAACAUUUAUUAUGAGUCAUUUAAAAGCAGUUCAAAUGACAAACUCCUUACCAAGAAACAAAUAUAUAUACUGGGACAUCUGAAACCUGCUGAAUUUCUAUGUUCCUUGUGUUUCUGAUUUUCAAGAAAAUAGCAGAGGAUUGAGCCUCUGGCAUCUUGCAAGAUAUUAUCGAAGUGCCCACCAGCUCAUGAGUUUGUUUUUCAAAGUCUCUCGUGAAAUCCUACAUAUGUGUUUGGAGGUGAAUUUAUUUUAUGGGAUGGCCAUAGACAAUGGAAAAGGAAAGGACUUUAUAAUGUCAGACAUAGCAAUCUACGUGAUGACAGACAUGGAUUCUGAUAUUGGGACAGUAACAGGCCAAAAUACACAAAACAACCUUACGUUUGGUGACUUUAAUGUUGGUGUUUAACGUGAUGGAUUAUGUGUGUAAACCCGAAGGGAUUGGAAAACAGGGCUUUGAUGGAAAGAUUGUGAUCUUUUUGGACUGGUUAGGAUUAGAGGAGACUAAUGCGCCGCUGAACGAGAAUUUCAGUGUAACCAUGUUUUUCAGCUACCAUUUGUUGCCGCGUGUAAGCUGUGUCUGUCUCACGCUUCUAUUCAAGCAUUUAUGAUGCUGACCGGUGUCGUCGCACGCACCACUUCUAUACGCCGACACGCUCACAAGCACUGACGCCCUACACUACACACACUGAUGCACACACACACACGCUGGCCACUUGUGUAAUUGUCGUAUACAUGUACAUCAUCAGUUUUCAGUCCUUUGUGUACAGUGAAUUUUCAUGUGUGUGGCAAUGCCUUCAGGCAAUCACAAGUUGUAUAAAAAGGGACAUUUUUCCUCAACUGUAAAAAAAAAAUCUAUAUGAUUAUAUAGAUACCUAUAUGUAAGAUUCCAUGUAUAAUGUCCUAAUAACAAAAUAUUUAUACAUUUUAUAUAUAUAAAAAAAAAAGAAAGAAAUGAGGAAUCUCAGCAAAAAGUGUCCUUGAGUUAAGGCCAAGAGUGGGGUAAUAACUCAGAACUACAAAGGAGACUGCCUCUGUUUUGAUGACAAAUAUUCAAAAAAAUAAUAAAGGAAAUGUCCCUUCACAUUAUCACUAUACAUACAAUCAUUAUAUGUGUAAAUGUGUUCAAUUUAGAUGUGUCGACAUCAAAAAAAGACAUUUUUAUUCAUUUUAUUACAAUUUAUGUGCAUUUGAGCCAAAUUGUUAUGUGGACAAAAGCUAUAUUGUGUAUUUUAUGAAAUUAAUAUAUAGUUGUGUUGCAAAAUACAUGGGCUUAUAUUGUAUUUGGCAAAAGUUGCCUUAGUAGCUGUCGAACUCUGUGAGUUUGCUUUAGUUUGGGAAUUUGUUGGUGUUUUGUUUUCCUCCCUUUUCUGCAUCUUUGCCGACUGGCUUCAGUGCUUUUGAGAUGUUUUCCCUGAGAUUCAGCUGUAUUUACCACAAUAACCUUUGAAAGCUUAAUGAGCCAGCUAGCAGAUUUACAACACAACACAAAACUCACCAACAACAAUAACACAAAAAAAGCAAAGACCACAAAAUAACUAUUGGUAUUUUUAAGGAGCCGAUUUUUUACAGGGCAGCUAUUUACUUUAACAAGAGCUAGUAUGCAAAUUUUUGUGUUCAAUAUGUUUUUUACUUUCAAUUCCCCAAAAAAAUAAGAAACCUGCCAUAUGGAAAAUAGUGAUUUUCUUAGUGCUCAUCAAACUGCCUUACUGUCUCUGCGGAGAGCUUUCAUUAUCUGUGGAGCUUAUGACUGCUUAUGAGACCCUGGUCUACCAGAAUGUGCAUUUUCUAUAAAGGACCAAAGGAGGUCCCCCUUCAGCAGUCCCUGUUAGUAAUGUAUGUACUCCUUCUCAACACAUGCUAGAAUUCUCCUAGAAACUGGACAUCUGAAAUGAUCUGCUCAGAACUCGAUGUCUUAGCUAUUUAGGUACAUCAUAGUAUAUUCACAUUGAGGCUUUCUUAAAAUAUAGACACAUACAUUUAUUUUUUUCAAAUCUUGGCAAAUUUUGGCCACUCUGUGAAAUAAUAAUGAGAGGUGCUUUUUCUAAUGUUCUUUGACGGUAAAAUCAACCCAACAGUAGGCAUGUUUUAACCACAAAUCCAUGUAUGAUGCACCCCUGAGAGGGAACAGUGACUUACUGUACAUUCAUUUAGCUCCUGAUGUGUUAUACUGGGAAAUGUGUAAUGUGAGUUUUGACAGCAAGAAUAAUAUUUUCCAUCCUGCAUGACAAGCCACAUCAGAGUACAUUUCUUUUCAUGUCACGUUUUAAUGACGUUGCUGGUUUUGAACGUCCUUGUGUCACUCUGCCUUCCUCAUGGUGAGGUAUUUCUCUUUUUGUUUGCAUAUUUUGUCCUUCUGUUCCUGUGUUUGUUUUCUUGGCAAUUAGUAGGAAAUUAUCAAUUGCAUUUCAAACUCUUUUUGGUCUGUAAAGUAUGGAUUUCUGAUUUACUUUGCUGUUUUCCUCAGAGAUGGCAGUAGCUGCUUUCGAGUAGGCUUGGAGGAUUUGGCUUAAGGGAAAGUAUUUAUGGUUACUUAAAAUGGGAGGUUUUUUUGCCUCUCUUGAUUAAUCAAGUGACCCUGACAUUUGCAUCAUACACACAGUAGAAACAGUUCAAAUGUGCUGUUCAAAAUACCCCCGCACAAAGAAGCCACCACUUCAGCAACACACUGCCUUCCAUUGACAUGCAAAGGCCCUUAAAGGUAAACUCAAGGGUGAAAAUUAGGACAAAGCACUACCUAGAAAACUGUGACACUGCUUGUGAACUUGUCUUUGUGUUAUUUCUUCUUUUUAGCGCAUUGUGCCCCGUCUUCAUGCAGGAUCAAGCAGUUUUCGCCAUAUUCAUCUGCUUUAUUUUAUUCCAUGUCAAGUUUAACAAAAUAUCUAUUUUUUUGCUGUUAAAUGUGUGGUAUUUAAUUUUAAUACUACAUAAACCUGAUUUUCCUGCAAGUCAUGUGUUUGGGAAAUAUUGCACGAUUUAAUAAUUUUUUAUACCCACAGCUGAGUGCUGUCCCCUCUAAUGGUGUUUCCCUGGUCCCAUGAACUGUCUGUUCAUGUGCAAACCUAGGCCAGAAAGGAGCUGGUUCUUGUGUAUGGAAGGAACUCUUUAAAGCCAUGGCUCCUCUCCUGGGCUAUUUGCUGUCUAAUAGUGCAAGGCCUGAUGCUGAGGUCAGCACAUAAUAGGAGAUGGAGCGUGAUGCGAGGUCUCUCACAUUAUGCUAUCAUUCACAGCUGGCAGUGUAUUUCUCAAAUCUGAAAUGGGCUAUUUUAGCACACUGUCUGGUUUUACCAAGUUUUUAGGAUAAGGCCUUGUUGAAUGUGGCUCACUGUCAUAUUCACACUCACACCGUUGCAGGUACAAACACACCCAUAACAGGCUGCUUUUUCAGUCACAACAAGCAUCCAGUGUUUGUCAGUGUCAUCUUCCCCCUUCCCCCAAAACUGCACUGCACAGAAUAUUGCUUCACGCUACAACAGGCAACUGGUCAAGACCAGAGAAAUCCACAUGGAUUAUUUCAACCGCUAUUGUCUAAAGGCUUUGUUCAUUGUGAAAAAAAAGUUCAAAUAAAAACAAAUUAAUAAUAAUAAUGUUCUCUUGUAGUCACUGAUGGUGCAGUGGUACAUUAUCCAGACUUGGUGCAGGAAGCAUGGGUUCAGUUCCCACUUAGUGAUGGUGUGAAUGUGAGUCUGAAUGGUUGUCUGUCUCUAUAUGGUGCCCUAUGAUUGACUACCGACCAGUCCGGUGUGUAGUCUGCCUUUCACCCGAAGUCUGAUGAUAAAGGCUCCAGAUUCCCGUGACCCUAAACAGGAGAAGUGGUGCAGAGAAUGGAUAGAUUAAUGUUCUCUUGUUUUGAACCAAUGUUUCAACUUUCCCUAGCUGAUAACUAAGUUGUUUUGCAGUGUCAGCUUCAUUUUGGCAAUGAUACUGUCCAGAAUUAAUUCAGGUAAUUUCUAUGCCAAAUGUGCAGCAUACACUGUAUCUCUGCAUCUUCCCAAACAUAGGUUUUAUAAGAAAUUAUAUGAACCAAGGUUGUUUCUUUCUGCAUAAGCAGGUCGGGAAUCAAAUAAUGGAUAGCAGAAAAGUACGCUUGAAAGGCACAAUCUCAUAUGAACAUUCAUAGUAACACUACCAGAAGGCAAUCUUUGCUUUUUAAUGAUGGCGAAUAUACAUUAUAUUGGUGCUAAAGUGAACAAAUGUUGUUCUAUUGAAAUGGGAAACGGAGAGAUCUAUUAAACUUAGAGGAUCGGGAGUCUUUCAUUGGUGACAGUGUUUCAGAAUGUAUACGGCUGUGGUGUGUGUGUUUGUGUGUGUGUGUUUGAGAGAGAGAGCGGGAGAGAGAGAGGCUCACACAAUAGGAAUUGGAGUAGAAACACUGAUUCGAUAACUAAAACUACCAUGGUGUGGGCCUGUAUGGAUGUUGUUGAUGGUUCUCUUGCAUCAAACAGAAGAAGAAAUGGUGACAAAGCAUUGUGACUAGCUUCCCCAUAUACCAUAUAAAUGCAGUUAAAAAGACAAUAUUAAAGUAGAACAAAACAGACCAAAUUGUGUUGUAAAUUUGACACAUCGCAGAAAAGUCUUAACAAAGCCAGACAAUGAAUGAAUGAAUAAAAACAUUGCAACGUAUGUGAAAUCAGGCUUCAAAAUGGUCAAGAAUUGAGACAUUCUUUCAGCUUGCAGAUGCCAUGGGCAUGUCGCUGAAUGCUCUGAAAACCCGGCCUCCCCGAAACUUUCAGCUGUCAAUCAAAUAAGUGCCUUCUCUUACGGCUCCUAAGCAGGGAGAGGAGAAUUCCAAGUGACCCACAUUGCACUGGCUCUCACGGGCUGAAGAGAAGCAGCCUCUGACCUGGCAUAAUGACCAUAGGCCGCGCCACCCGUACAAUUUGACAUACUUUGAAAUUCAGCGGGACAAUACGCUUCUGUGGCCGCCGAAGGGUGCGCCAUAAGUGACUACGGCCGCGCACUGGUGUCCCUGGAUGAUUUUUUUUCUCUCCUCCUGCUCGCCCCACGAUGUGCGGCCAGCAACUGUGAGGCCGACGGCCGUAACGCUGUUGUGCCGGAGCUUCAUUGGCCUUUCCAACCGUUGUUGGGUUGGCUAUGGGCUGCAGAGUGGAAAAUCCCGUCCGUUUUGCUGCUGCCUCUCAAUGCAUGUGGAGCUAGACAGCAGAGACAUUGUAGCCCAAAAAACAAUACACAUUACGCUUCAGGAAAGAUACAUUUCUUUAAUAUAUUUAUAAUUCUGCAAAAUGGCCACUGGAAUUAAGGGAGCUUGGUGUUGAUGUAGUGGGGGAGGGGCUCAUGCUAGAAAGUAUACGCCUCAGUCUGUUCAUGUCACGGGGCUAGUUUUUGGCUCUGCCCAAAAAAUCCGUCCAAAAGUGAUGAAGAAAAACAGUCUUAAGCUAUAGCUCAACAAUUCAGCACUAUAUUGUUCUCAGUCUUUACACGUUUUCAGCACUUACCUUCAAACAUGUUUAAUAUAUUUAGAAACAAAACACAACAAUGAGUGUAGUUCAAAUUUAAACAAAUUAUUUCAUGAAAAUUCUUAAUUUUACCUCUGUGUGCUGUGUCAAAAAAAUUGACAACUUUUUCUCUCUUUCAUUGAAAUAUUUCAAGGAGAUUGUGACUCUGAGAAUUUAUACAGCCAAGCAAUUCUUAAUAAUAAUAAUAAAGUUUAUUUAUAACAAACUUUACAUCAAACAGAUUAUCUGAAAGUGCAACAGUGAAACAUUGAAUGAGAUAACACUGAGGUACAUCAUAUAACUCGGAAGCAUUGAAAGAAAUAAAUAAAAGAAAAAUGUUGUCCACACAAAAGAAAAGGUGCAUUUUCAAAGAUUUCUAAAAAACAUCCACAGUCUGCCCUUAGAUGGUCAGGGAGAGUUUUCCACAGACUAGGCGUGGCAGAGCAGAAGGCGAUGUCACCCAUUGUUCGGGGACUGGUCCUCAAAGGCUGGAGAAGGUUGGCCUGUCCACACCGUAGGUGGCAUGUCGAGGAAUUGGGGGUGAGAAGUUCUUUCAGGUAGAGGUGGGCAGUGCCAUGGAGGCACUGGUGGGACAGCAGGAAGAAUUUGCAUUUGAUCUUGCAUUGGACAGGAAGGCAGUGGAGGGAUUGGAGGAUGGAUGUGAUGUGAUUGCACCUCCACAUUCUCAUCAGGAUCCUGGCAGCACUGUUCUGUAUGUACUGCAGCUGCUGGAUGGUGUUGUUGGGGAUACCUAUGAGAAAUGUGUUGCAAUAGGCCAGCCUGGAGGAGACCAAGGCAUUGACAAGAUUUUUGGCAUCAGAGGGAAUGAGUUUGGCGUGGAAUUUUGCAAUGUUCUUGAGAUGAAGACGGAGGUCUUACAGAGGUUUUUAUUCCGAGUCUCAAAAGUCAGGUAAGGUCCCAUUUUGACAUGCUAAUUGCUAAGCUAUCGUAUCAAGCAGUGCAAAACGUGUGAAACAAUGCAUUUAGUCAUAUAGGUCUCGCUGGAACCGCGUUUUCUCGAAGAGUAACCAACUUUGAACAACAAAAUAACUAUCCAAUUAAUACUUAUGUAGAGAUAUAAAUGUAAACUGAAAAUUAAUUAGUACGUCACUGCACACGUCACUUAAUAACGUGGGCAGGUUAAAAGUAUAUAACUAAUACAUAUUUGUAAUAUAACCUUUAUUAGUCCCACAAUGUGGAAAUUUGCAUCAUUUCAGUAGCAGUUGUGGAUAUAGGAAAUAUACAGUAAAUAUGUAUUAUAAAUAGCAUGCAAGAGAAGACGUAAUUACAUUUCUUGUACGUAUAUAAGAAGUACAUUGCACAAAAUAGAAUCCCAAACUAUCAUCCAUACAUAAACUAUCCAAUUCAUUCUAUCAGCAAUGUUAUUUGUUUCUUUGGAAAAAUUGAGUGCUGAGUUCUCAUUUUGGCCUUUGAGAUCUGAUUAAUCUGCUUUAAUUGACUUGUGUUUUUUGUUACCAUAGACAGUCCAUAGACAGAUAUUUUUGAUGAUGUAAUUUGUCAAAAUUUCAUAUACUGGUACUUUGAUUCAUGAAGCAACUGCGUCCACCAUUACAAGGUUGAUGUAAUAAAAACAGUAAAAUGACAAAUAUUGUGUCCACAGUUUAUUAACAAUUAUGAUUAUGACUGUCGCAGGGAAAAGUUAUUGACAACAUUUUGAAAAUAUGGAAAUUAAGACACGUUUGGACAAAUCGUUCUGGAAGUGAAUUUUUAGAGUUUGGGAGCUCUGGAGUGGUGUCUGUGAAAAGGCAGAGUGCCUGAGUGGUCCUGGACAAGGGGUCAACAGUUGUGUUUGUGGGGGCAGAGGCGGCAGAAGGGCUGGAGAGGAUGGCGAGUGGGGUGGGAGAGUGUCUGGAAAGUUGGGAGCAGAUAUUUUCCACUUUUGGAAUAAGUUAAGAAUAUUUUACUGAAUAAGUAGAUGAAUCUGUUACGCCACUCCUGGGAAGUGUCUGGGUGUAGGGGGCUAUGGGUUGAGGAGAUGAUAUAUAGUAGAGAAAAGUUGCUUGGAGUUUCCAGAGCUAUUGUUGAUGAUGUGGGAGUAGAACCAGGACCGUGUGUCACUGAGGGACUCACUGAAGCCCUUCUGACGUUCACGGUUGGCUGAUUUGUUCAAAGUAACUCCCGUGUGCUUGAACCCCCUCUCAAGGGCACUUCCCAAUCUUUUCAUUUGUUGCAGCUCAGGGGUUGGUGUACCAGGCGGCAGUGUGUGUGAAGGUGACUGUUCUCGACUUGACUGGGGCAUGGUGGUCCAGGAGGCUGCUCAGUGAUGCAUUGUAAAGAUCCAGGUAGUUGGUCACUGAUGGGUGGGGUUGGCAGAGGAGAGAUGCUGGAGGUCAAUGAUCAGAGAGUCUGUGUUUAUGUUUUGGAGGUUCUGGAAACAGACUGUUUUGGGCUUACUGAGGGGGGGGACAAGUUUGCUAGUUCCACAGAAAUGACCUGGUCAGACACACCAAGAUCGUAUACCUGGAGGUUAAUGAUAAAGGGAGAGUUUUUGAUGACCAGAAUUAGUUUGUGGGCCCAGGUGUGUGUUGGGACAACAAUGUGCUGGGUGAGGUAGAGGCUGGUCAAAUGAUGGAGAAAACCAGGGACAGAGUGGGAGGAGGGGGUGUUUAAAUGAAUUUUAAAAUCUCUCUGUAUGAUAAUAUUGCCUGCAGUUCUGUAAUGAGUGGUGAGGCGGUCAUGUAGUUCGGGUAUGAAAUCCGCCAAGUUUGAAUCAAGGCAACUGGACUGUUCUUGUCUGUUGAAGAUGUUUCACCUUCAAUCUAAAAUGCUUCUUCAGUUCUAAAAAUUUUGGUGUAGAGUCUCCCUAUUAUUCCUUGGUGGGCGUAUUUCUUGGGGUGGUCAACAAUAGGUUGUCGUUGCCCGGUGUGGUUAGUGAAACACCAGUCCUGUAUACAGUGGAACCUGGAUUUAUGAACUGAAUUGGUUGUUGGAUGGGGUUUGUAAAUUGAAAAGACUGUAAAUUGAACAGAAUUCCCCCACUAGAAAUAAUGUAAACAUGAAUAAUUGCUUUGCACACUUUGAACACACUAUAAAGCUAUACAAAACGAUUUCAAACAUGAAAAAUCAGCGAUCAAAAAUCUCAAUUAACCAAGUUAACAACAACAAGAGGAACUGUCCUCCUCAUCCAAAUGCACCUGCUGCUGGCAUACUGGAAGGGAAAAGAACAACGUGUCAUGGGGUAGAGAGGUGCAGUGUCUAACUCUAAAAAACAGAGGGCAGCGUUCAUUGCUUGGCUGCAGAGGAAAGACUUGCAUUUUGAUGCGAAGAAGAGGACACAAUGCGGAAACACAGACAUAACAAACAUGAACAAAAUGUUCUUUUUUUGUGUUUUAUAGGGAAAUACACACACACACACACAAACAAUUUAAAUUAAACAGUCCUUUUUGCAUCACAACAUCAACACACAACCAAACAGUCGUGAUGGGUCCGGCAAAACCAAUCCGUCGACACAUGUGCCGAGUUCAUAGGACGAAACAUGGUGUCGGUACGCACAUCACUUUCAGAAAGUCACGUGACCGAUGCAGCCGCUGCUCGUAGCUGUAACUGCAUGAUGCCAUCCCAAACUGUGUUCAUAAGGAAAUGCAUCUGUCUAAGGCAGUGAUUCCCAACCAGUGUCCCGUGGCACAUUAGUGUGCCAUGAGCCCUCUUCAGGUGUGUGGGAAUUUAUCAAAUUUUACUUAAUUGCUCAAAAAAUUAUAUUUACAAUAAAUAAUGUAUAUUUGUUCAUCUAUUUAUGCCAGUGAGGCAUAGUGACAGACAGAACAAAUGAAUGCUCUCCUAUUAGAUGGCAGGAAGUACAUACAGUAAUUCAUGUAUCCACUUUUUGUGACAUUUUUGUUUGUUGGCGUGCCAUGAGAUUUUUCAAUUGUGAAAUAUGUGCCUUGGCUCCAUAAAGGUUGGAAAUAACUGGUCAAAGGGAUGCGUCUCUGCCAAAAGAAUCACAGCUCUUUUGAAACACAAUUAUUUAUCUUCAAGCCAUUGUGUUACAGAACCCAAAGGAAAAUUGGUCUCAUAUCGCCCCAAUAGUAUCGGCAAAUAAGGUUUUUGUUUUCAUUACCUUCUUUCAUCAUGUUCCUCUCAGUUUCCGCUUGAUCCAUCAGAAUUAAAAUCAAUUUCAAAGUAACUAUAAUUUAAAUGAUUCACUUUAUUUUAUCAAGGUUAAAUGUUCUAUUUCUUCGACUGAACCGUCCUAAGUAAGUACAAGCACCUCCUCGCACAAAGAGAUUGAGGCAUGGAAAAUAAGUUAUAAAUACACUCUGAAAAAACACAGUUGUACAGACAUUUUUUUUAAAGUUUGUGUAGAAAAUGUUGAGAUAUAGUUAAAUUAUAUUUAUAUAUUUAUAUAUAUAUGUAAAAUAUUUAAUGUGUGUGUAUACAUAUAUAUAAGCCUUUUGGCUGUCACGACAGUUUUUAGGC